ACUCUCCGAGCCAGCACACACUGACACACAACAAACCUUUUACGAGGACAAGGGACACCUCUUCCUGUCUUGUUCCUCCAGCAGCUCCUCCCCCUGCCACACCACCCCCUCCCCAAUCUGCACCAUCAUCCACAGCUGGCUUGCUAGCUAGCUCGCAUAAUGGAUCCCGCUUCCGCCGCUAUGUAUCCGUCCUCUGCAGCCGUGAUCACCUCCACGCUUCUCGUCAUGCUGUCCCUCAUCUUCUGCUUCUUCCUUUUCCUCUACCUCCUCUGCUCCCUCCUCCCGAGGGCCUUCGCCGCCGGGCGAGCAGCGCCCCGUAAGCUGCCCCUGCCUCCCGGCUCCAUGGGCUGGCCUUACGUCGGUGAGACUUUCCAGCUCUACUCCAACAAUCCCGACACCUUCUUCGCCCUCAAACAGAAGAGGUACGGGGCGAUAUUUAAGACCCACAUCCUGGGGUGUCCUUGCGUGAUGGUGUCCAGCCCUGAGGCGGCGAGGUUCGUGCUGGUGACGCGGGCGCACCUGUUCAAGCCGACGUUUCCCGCGAGCAAGGAGCGGAUGCUGGGUCGCCAGGCCGUCUUCUUCCAGCAGGGCGACUACCACGCCCGGCUCCGCCGCCUCAUCCUCCGGGCGUUCUUGCCCGAAGCCAUCCGCCGCUCCGUCGCCCGCAUCGAGGCGGUCGCCCUCCGGACCUUGCAGUCGUGGGACGGCCGUCUCGUCAAUACCUUCCAGGAAAUGAAGACGUACGCAUUCAAUGUGGCGAUCGUAUCCAUCUUCGGGAAGGACGAGCUCUCCUACUUGGAGGAACUGAAACAAUGCUACUACACCCUCGAGAAGGGCUACAACUCCAUGCCCAUCAACUUGCCCGGGACGCUCUUCUUCAGCGCGAUGAAGGCCAGGAAGCAGCUGGCCCACAUCGUGGCCAAGAUCGUGUCCUCCAGGAGGAUGCAGAGGACAAACGAGGCCAAUAAUGACCUGCUCGGUUCUUUCAUGGAAGCCAAAGAAGCGCUCUCCGACGACCAGAUUGCAGACAACAUGAUCGGCGUCAUCUUUGCUGCCCGAGACACCACCGCCAGUGUGCUCACCUGGAUCGUGAAGUACCUGGGAGACAACCCCAGCAUCUUACAAGCGGUCACGGAAGAGCAAGAGGAAGUAAUGAAGAAGAAAGAAGCAGGCGACGAGGAGAAGUCCCUAACAUGGGCCGACACCAAGCGGAUGCCGUUGACUUUGAGGGUGAUUCAGGAGACCAUGAGAGUGGCCUCCAUCUUAUCCUUCACCUUCAGAGAAGCGGUGGAAGAUGUGGAGUACGAAGGGUAUCUGAUUCCCAAGGGAUGGAAGGUGUUGCCACUCUUCAGAAACAUUCACCACAGCCCGGAAAACUUCAGCGACCCAGAAAAGUUCGAUCCCUCCAGAUUCGAGGCGUCUCCCAAGCCCAACACCUUCCUGCCAUUUGGAAACGGGACCCAUGCCUGCCCUGGAAAUGAGCUAGCGAAGCUGGAGAUGCUGGUCCUCCUCCAUCACCUCAUCACCAAAUACAGGUGGUCUAUGUCGGGUUACGAGAGCGGAAUCCAAUUUGGACCUUUUGCGCUGCCAUUGAAUGGCCUACCCCUGCGAUUCUCUCUCAAGUCACCAGUGGAGGACCGAGCUGCUUGAGCUUUCUCCGUGGUGUCGCAUGCCGUUUCCAGAGUCUGGACGACAUGGUUGAGCUCAAGGAACAGGCCAUGCUAUCAAGACUGCUGCAGGUGAAGAAACCAGCAAGGAAACACCACCUUUGUUCUUGUGUUUGGAGGGGGUUGACAUCUCCACUGGAGUGUAUUAUUAUUAUUAUUAUUAUUAUUGUCUUAUGCUUCUUUAAUUUGAACGAGUGGUCAAGCAAUCAAAAGUGUUGCACCAUCGAAUGUUUAAUAUGUACUACAGAUUAAUAAUAAUAAUUCAGCUACUUACUGCAAA